GAGGGUCGAAGUUCAGACGCGUCCACAUCCUCGUUGCAGAGAUUCGGGUGCUUGUUUCUACACAACACACAGCAGCAGUGAUGAGUUUGAAGGGUAUUUCAAAGCGUCCGCUGGAUUGCUUUUAUUUUAUUUAUUUCAUCAUCCAUGCAUUUGUCACAGCAUUCAUCGACAUCGGAAUCAUCAUCCCGCGCGACUAUCGGCUGAAGAUACAAUCAAAUCUGCUGGAUCUGCAUGUAUCGAUGAACAAUGAUCCGCUGCUGAAGAACCCGCCGGCGUGGUUUGUCUCGUUUGUGGUGAUUGAGGGGAUAUUCCAGCUUCCGUUUUUUGUAGUCGGCGCGAUAGCGUUCUACCGAGAUAGCAAGAAGGUGUAUAUCCCGACGCUGGUCUACGGCGUGAAUGCAAGCCUGACGACGCUAGCCUGCCUCAUCGAGAUCACGUACGGAUUCCGCAAUCUGUCGCCGGAGGAGCUGAGCGAUGGCGAUCGGGUUGGUCUGUUUUGGGUGUACUUUCCCACGUUUGUGAUUCCGUUGUUUAUGAUUGUUGACAUGAUGAGGCGGCUGUGGGUUCUAGUGCCGAGUGGUGUAGUUGAUGAUAAGAAGACGCGAUAGAGUAGAGAAUAGUAGAGCAUAGCAUAGUUCUAAUAGUAAAGGGAACAAUGACGACUCGGCUGCCUGAGGUUGAGGUGCCUUCGCUGAGCCUCAGCCUGCGGAGAAAGAAAAAAUAAAUAAACA